AUGACUACCACCGAUCCAGAAUACUCCGUGGACCAGGAGAUCGCGCAUUUUUUUGGGGCGACAUCGGCAACUCGCUCAGCCUGUGAUUCCUAUGCGAAAGAACAUCUUGGAGGUGAUGUUAUCCCCGUCGCCGUGCAAGGCGUGUGCAGUUACACGGUCUAUGCUGGGCCAAAUGGCCAAUCCAUAGUCCAGUUCCGCCUUAAAUCCCUUGAACUGAGGAUGGAUACUGCGGAGCUCGCUCGAACCAUAUAUGGCCAAUUUGCUUCCCAGGUCACCUUUAGGGGCCAGAUUGGGGAAGACGUUGAGGGAAAGGAACCUCUCUAUAUCUAUAUAAUGAGCCGGAUAGAAGGAUCACCGUUGGAUGUUGAUCAAGCGUACCGCGGCAGUCUAAAGUGUCGGUACGAGGAAGAACUGGGCUUAUUGCUUACCAGUCUCCCAGACCGCUUCCACCCAUUGAUUCAAAAGACUCUCAAGUCACUACCAGCCAUUAUUUCUCUGCCCAUGGUGCUACUUCAUAAAGACUUUGGCGUUUGCAAUAUCAUGGUGGAUGAAUCGUCUUGCAAUUUGGUCGGGGUUAUUGAUUGGGCCGAGGCUGAGAUUGCACCAUUUGGUCUGAACCUUCACUCUCAUCAACGACUGAUAAGCAAAAUCCAUAUCAAGAAUGGUUGGAGCAGGUACGAUGACUACAAUGCUUUAGAGGAGGUGUUUUGGAAUGCGUUUAGCAGAGAAACCAGAGGGCUAGACAGUGAAACGGCCAGGACCAUCAGAUCCGCGAGGAUUCUGGGGACGCUGCUGUCAUGUGGAUUUACUAGUCGCCUUGCAAACAUGCCCAAAACAAUACCUAUUGGUAAUGAUGAAAGCGGAACAUAUAAGAUGCGCGACCUGGAUGGGCUGUUAAUUAACCCGGCCACAAGGUUUACAGACCUGGCAUGA